GAUAGGAUCCUUCGCCUCCCAGAGAGGUGACCAGCCCCGCCAUCAUGUCGUUAACGAAUUGUCGGUUCUAUGAGGAGAAGUACCCGGAGAUUGAUAGCUUCGUGAUGGUGAACGUGAAGCAGAUUGCGGAGAUGGGAGCUUACGUGAACCUGCUUGAAUACGACAACAUCGAUGGGAUGAUUCUGCUAUCCGAACUAUCCAGACGUCGUAUUAGAAGUAUACAGAAACUCAUUCGCGUCGGGAGGAACGAGGUCGUCGUUGUUCUUCGUGUAGACAAGGAAAAGGGAUAUAUCGAUUUGUCGAAACGUCGAGUAUCCGCCGAAGAUGUGGUCAAGUGUGAGGAGCGGUACAACAAGAGCAAGUCUGUUCACUCGAUUAUGCGACAUGUUGCCGAGAAGACAAGGACUCCGAUCGAGACAUUAUACCAACAAAUUGGAUGGCCAUUGAAUAAAAAAUACGGGCACGCCAACGAUGCUUUCAAGCUCUCUAUCACAAAUCCUAGCAUUUGGGACGACGUUACCUUCCCUAGCCAAGCUGUCAAGGACGAAUUGUUGUUGCACAUCAGCAAACGACUCACACCACAGCCGACCAAGGUUCGUGCAGAUAUCGAAGUUACAUGCUUCAGCUACGAAGGAAUCGACGCCGUCAAGGAAGCUUUGCGAACUGCCGAGGCCAACAACACCACAGACAACCAAGUCAAGGUGAAAUUGGUCUCUCCACCGCUAUAUGUUUUAACCAGUCACUGCUUGGACAAGAAUCUCGGAAUCAAGACGCUGGAAGAUGCAAUCAAGGGUAUCACUGAGAAAAUUCGGGCGUCUGGUGGAUCCUGUGUUGUGCAAAUGGCUCCCAAGGCCGUCACCGAAGAAGAUGAGGCCGAUCUCCAGGCACUCAUGGAAAAGAAAGAGCGUGAAAACCAGGAGGUCAGCGGUGAUGAGAGUGUCAGCGAGAGUGACGAUGCGAUGGUCGAGUGAAUUUGAAAUGCAUUUGCUUUAUGAUUUGGAAUGAAUUUUAAAGAUUAUCGCUCGCCCAGUCUUCCAAAUGUGAUCUUGAGGGAUAUCUGAAGGGUCGGCACUGGUAUGAAAAUAGCGCUAGACAAAAAAUGGAAAACAUGGGAAUCUCGCAUUUGUCGCUCUUUGCAUAUGCUGCAGUCCUCCAGUUGCAGCGCUCAACAAGCUGACUGUACAAGUACUUACGUGGCGACCCAAGUUAGUGCCA